UUUAUCAAAGGGAAAGUAGUUUUAAUUUACUAUAAAUUAAAAAUUCAAAAGAAUCUGCACCUCAUCAAGUAAUACAAUCUGAAGAUUUCUUACGAUAUUAUACCGUGAAGGUUUAUAAUGUUUAAAAUUAAUUUAUUUUACUCUCCGUUAAUUUAGUAAAUUAAAAUUUGUAAUAACUUGUAUUAACUGUCAAGAAUUAUGGGUAAUACAGGUCUAAAGCAACACUAUGAAACUGCAUCGAAGACUGGAGUACUACAAAUAUCUAACAACAAGCCAAAAUUGAGAGAAAUACCUGCAGAAGUUUACAAAUUAUCAGAAAGUUUAAGGAAUUUGGACUUAUCUAAGAACAAAAUUUCAUGUAUUUCUGACGAUAUAACGAAGCUUAAGCUGUUAAAACAACUUAAUCUAAGUGACAAUGCCAUUCAAGUUUUACCAAGUAUGUUAUCUAAUCUAAAAAAAUUGGAAUUGUUAAAUGUUUCCCAUAAUUGUAUACAGUUAUUACCCCACCCAAUUGCUGAAUUGUCAAAUUUAAAACAAAUAUAUUUAAAUAACAAUAAGUUUAAACAAUUUCCAAAACCAUUGAUUGGACUUAAAAAUCUGGAGGUAGUUGAUCUAUCUUAUAACAAGAUUGUUGAGAUUCCGAGUGGCAUGGCAAAUUUUCAUGCGAUGGAGUUAAAUUUAAGUCAAAAUGAAAUCUCUGUUCUUUCUGAAGAUUUACAUGAAGCACCAAGACUUAAGAUAUUGAAAUUAGAAGAGAAUUGUCUGUGCUUAGAUACAAUUCCACCAAGCCUAUUGAGAGAUUCAAAAAUUCACACACUUAAUGUAGAUGGAAAUUUGUUUGAAUCCAAACAAUUAGCUUCAGUGGAAGGAUAUAAUGAGUAUACAGAAAGAUAUACGGCAAUAAAGAAAAAAAUGUUUUGAUGUUAUCUUUGCUGUUACACAUGGCACAACGAAGCGAGGUUUCGUCAACUUAUAAAUAAAACAAAUAUUUAUUGUAUUUUAGAAAUUUGUAAAUUUUGCACAUAUUAGUCAUAUUUUGUAUAAGUUAUAAUCUAUUAAUAAAAAUAAAGAUAUUUAAUUAAAAUGUUUAUAUUCAACAUUUCUAUCUCUGUUAUAAAAUCUUAUUUUUUCUUAAAUUCACUGGUAUAUCUCUUAAAAUUAUUCUGGCAAUUUGAAGAAUUUUAAUUGUUAUUUUUAUUGUUAAUAGCAGCUUUUGUAAAUAUUUUUUGUUUCAGAUUAAAAAGCAUAAUUAAAUAAUAUUUCUAUAACCUUACAUGAUAACAUCACUUCAAAUUUAGCAAUUGUUCCUACAAUAAAUAAAUAAAACAUUUAAACUCC